AUGAAUGAAAUUCGUCAAUUGUGUACUACAUCAUCAUCACCUGUUAAACACCUUGAUGAAAUUCUUGCACUUUUCCAUGCAUGUCCACCACAAUAUCUUCUUCCAUCACUUUCACUUAUUGGUCAAUCGAUAUCAUGUAUGUCUGUCGAACAAUUAGAUAUACAUAUUAUUAAUCAUCAACUAUUUUUUAUUAUUCGACAAUGGUCUGAACGUUUACUACAAUUAUGGUUAAUUAAUGGUACAUUGAAUGGUGAUGAACAUCGAGCUUUAUUUUAUACUCAUCAGCUAUUUAAACUUUUAUCAGAAUGGUUAAAUCAACAGGAUAAUUUAAUUAUUGAUAAUGAUAAUCAAGAAAUAACAAAACGUGUUAUAACAGAUUUAUUUAUUGAUGAAAAUUUUAUUAACACAUUAUGUCGAUCUAUUUCUCAAUUAAUAACAGAUGAAAAUGAUGAUCAACAUAGUUCAGCAACAAGUAAUAUAUCGGAUGAUGAAGAUCAUGUGUCACCAGACGAUAUUCAACUUCAAACUCAUACAUCAGAUGAUCAAGCUGAACAAGCUGAUGUUCUUGAUGUUUUAUUUCGAUGUGUUAAUUCUUUAAUUAUUCUAUUUAGUCAUCCAAUUUUAUUAAGUAAUAUAAUAGCAACUAAAAAUAUAACGUCAUGUCUUCUUGAUUGUCUUAAUUCACCUUUAUUUAUUCAACUUUCAACAAAAUUUUUACGACAAAAUUUAACAAGUGAAAAAAUUCAUAUUCGUUCAAUAUUUCUUUUAUUUACAUGUCUUGAUUAUUGUACAUUAUCAAUAACAAUAUCAACAUUAGAUUUAUUAUCAUCAAUACGUAAAAUUCUUCAUAUUUGGUGUGAAAUACCACAAAAUUCUAAUGAUGAUACAUCACCAUUAAUUGUACGUCUUAUUCGUCUUAUUUAUCGUUUAUCAUUAUCAAGUAAAGAUUCAAUUAUACGUGAAAAUCUUUGUGCUUUUCUUGUACCACAUUUUGAAACAUUAUGUUCAACAUCAAAUAUAAUUGAUGAUAUUGUUUCAUUACUUGUUACACUUUCAACAACAAUAACAGGCAAACGACAUUUACGUCGUUUAGGUUAUGUACAACAUAUUUUACAUGCAACAAAACGUCAUAGCAGUCUUUGGCAUCCAUUAUCAUUAUUAAUAAAUCAACGUGAUUUGUUUCAAUCAUCAUUAUUUAAAAGACUUGUACAUCUAUUAAUUCAACGAACAAUAAAUAUGUUUCAAUCAUUAGCAACAGCAUCAAAUGAUACAUCAUAUGAUUCCACAACACCAUCAUCAAGAAAUCAUGCUACUAUGGUUGCUAUUGAAUGGUUUAUUUUAUUACGUACAAGUUUUUUAUCAUUUACAAUGAUUGUUGAGGAAUUUAUUAAUUAUAGAAAAAAAGUUAAUGUUAUUAAUAUGUUAAUUGAUACAAUUUUAUCUUUACAACAAGAUGAUGAAAGUUUACCUAAAUUAAUUGAUGUUAUGAUUGAACUUCUGUGGACAUUUUCAUUAAGUAAAUCAACAAAUAUUCAUGAUAUUUUACAAAAACAUUUUGAUCUAUGUCAAUAUUUAAAAAAUAAUUUAAAUAAUUCUACAUCAAAUGUACGUUUUGCUUCGAAAGCUGUUCUUUCAACUUUAGAUUUAACCAAUAAAACUAUAAAUCGUACAUCAUUUAAUCGUCGUACAUCAGUUAUAACAAAUAAUUUAAUAUGUAUAUUUAAUUCUGAUAAAUCUCAUCAAGAAUUAUGUAUAACACUUCGUGAUCGUCUUCUAAUUGAACAACAAUAUUCAAUUGAACUUAUAACAACAUCAUCAUGUGAAUCAUUUGAUUCAUUAAUUCAACUUAUUAAUCGUUCAUCACUUUGUCUUUUUUGUGCAAGUACUCAAAUGAAAACCGAUAAUUUAACACAUUUUGUUCAUCGAUAUAUUUCUCUACAAUCAUAUACAAUUCCAAUAUUAACAAUUCUUAUUGAACAUGGAUGUGAACUUGAAGGAAGUUGGCUUGAACAUUUACCAAUGGUUGAUAUGCAAUCAAUUGUCAAUGAAAUUCGACGUCAUUUAGAUCAAAUCGAAGAUAAUGAUCUACGUUUACCAAGUCGAAUAAGUGAUGCAUCAACUAUUAGUCACACACGUAAUAUGACUCCAGAUGAAAUACGAAAUCAAUCACGUAACUUUAUGAAUCGUCCUGUACCAUAUUGGUCAUCAGAUGAUGUUACUGAAUGGUGUGAAGCAACACAAGGUAGUUUUGAUACUCUUCAACCAUUAGUUAUGCGUCUUAAUGGUUCAGCUCUUGUAAAUCUUGCUGAAAUUUUAUCAAUUGAUCCAGCAUCAAUGUAUCAUAGUUUAAAUGAUGAACUUCUUCAACGUACUGGUGCAAGUGUUCCACUUACAGAAUAUGUUUCAUUACGAAGUGAACUUCAACAUUUGCUUAUUCGAAAACAAGAUCAACGUAUGACAACAAGUACUACAAAUACUGAUGAUACAAAUAAGAGUGAUUAUCGAAAAAAACGUUGGAAAAAGAGUCGUCUUUGUACCAUACUCUAA